AUUUAAACUAUUAAACGUCAUAUCGUGUUGUCAACAUGCUAUAUAAACGCAACAUUGCUUAAAAUUUGAUCAGUAUUUCACUGAAUUUGGUGUGUUGUUAGUUGUUGUCUACUCAACUACGUGGCUUAAAAAUGUGCGGAAUAUUUGCGUAUUUAAAUUUCCUGACUCCCAAAAAAAGGGAAGAGAUCUUGAAGACUUUGGUGAAUGGAUUAAAGCGGUUGGAAUACAGAGGAUAUGACUCUGCUGGUGUUGCAAUUGAUUCGGCCUGUUCCAAGGACAUGGCCCUUAUUAAGAAAACGGGAAAGGUUGCUUUAUUGGAAGAAGAAAUCAAGAAUCGUUCUAAAGAACUUGAUAUGGAUCGUGUCGAAGAUAUCCAUUGUGGUAUUGCUCACACCCGUUGGGCCACUCAUGGUGUUCCCAGUGAAAUAAACUCCCAUCCUCAUCGUUCUGACAAUUCGCAUAGUUUUGUCGUAGUCCACAAUGGCAUUAUUACCAACUACAAAGAAGUUAAAGUCUUUCUUGAAAAAAAAGGAUAUAAAUUCGAGAGCGAUACAGAUACUGAGAUUAUCGCUAAACUCAUUCACCGUUUCUACGAACAACACCCGAAUUAUUCAUUUAGGGAGCUUGUUGAAAAUGUCGUUCAACAAUUGGAAGGUGCUUUUGCUUUGUGUUUCAAAUCGAAGCAUUUUCCUGGAGAGUGUGUGGCUACUCGUCGUGGUUCGCCACUUUUGGUUGGUAUUAAAACAAAAACUAGAUUGGCCACUGAUCAUGUACCUAUUCUGUAUGGAAAAGAUGAUGAACCCCAAACACCCACAGAUGCUGAAUCCAAUCAUUCAGAACACCGACCACACGGACGAGCUGAUUACCCAGUUUUACCCAGAUCUGACUCUACUUCCGAAUUUGAACCUUUGGAAGACAAACAAGUUGAAUAUUUCUUUGCUUCGGACGCUUCAGCUAUCAUAGAACACACAAAUCGAGUUAUUUAUUUCGAAGAUGAUGACGUGGCUGCUGUUAAAAACGGAGCAUUAAGUAUCCACCGAUUGAAACGUCUAGGUGAUGAUCCACACUCUCGUGAAAUUACAACUCUGAAAAUGGAAUUGCAACAAAUCAUGAAAGGGAAUUACGAUUAUUUCAUGCAAAAGGAAAUUUUCGAACAACCAGAAUCUGUUAUUAAUACAAUGAGAGGACGUCUUAAUUUUGAAACCAAAACUGUUACAUUGGGAGGUAUUAAAGAUUACAUUCCAGAAAUCAAACGUUGUAGAAGAUUGAUGUUGAUUGGUUGUGGUACAAGUUACCAUAGUGCUAUUGCCACACGUCAAUUACUUGAAGAAUUGACUGAAUUACCAGUUAUGGUGGAACUUGCUAGCGACUUUUUGGACAGGACGACACCCGUUUUUAGGGACGAUGUGUGCUUUUUCAUUUCGCAAUCUGGUGAAACCGCUGACACUCUAAUGGCCCUCCGAUACUGCAAACAAAGAGGCGCUCUUAUAGUCGGUAUCACAAACACUGUCGGUAGUUCAAUAUGCAGAGAAUCCCACUGUGGUGUCCACAUUAAUGCCGGCCCUGAAAUUGGUGUAGCAUCAACCAAAGCUUACACAAGUCAGUUCAUCUCACUUGUGAUGUUUGCUUUGGUUAUGAGUGAAGAUAGACUAUCGUUAGCUAAACGCCGACUAGAAAUCAUCGAAGCUCUCAAAAACUUACAGCAACAAAUACGGGCUGUUUUGCAACUCGAUGGAAAAGUCAAAGCUCUCGCUCAAGAUCUCUACAAUAAAAAAUCUCUACUUAUCAUGGGUAGAGGGUUCAAUUAUGCCACAUGUCUUGAAGGUGCCUUGAAAGUGAAAGAAUUGACCUACAUGCACAGUGAAGGUAUUAUGGCAGGCGAGUUGAAACACGGCCCUCUAGCGUUAAUCGAUGAAGAUAUGCCGGUGAUGAUGAUCAUAAUGCGUGAUCCUGUCUAUACCAAAUGCAUGAAUGCCCUCCAACAAGUUACAGCCCGUCAAGGGAGGCCGAUUGUCAUUUGUGAGGAAAACGAUGAAGAAACUAAAGGGUACGGUCAUCGAUGUUUGGAAAUUCCUAGAACUGUUGAUUGUCUUCAAGGCGUUUUGACUGUCAUUCCGAUGCAAUUGCUCAGUUUUCAUAUUGCUGUUUUGAGAGGAUGCAAUGUUGACUGUCCCAGAAACUUAGCGAAGAGUGUUACUGUGGAAUAAUUGAUUUUUUGGUUGUGAUUUUUUUAAAGGCUGUUGGAUGAAUGUAUUAUUUACGUGUUGUGUAAAAACAUGCAUUUAUUAUGUUAGGUUGGUAGAAGGUUUAAAUAAUAGUGGACGGAAGUUAUCACAUAUACGUGUGUAAUGAAUAUUGCGCAAUUAUAUUGGAUAACUUUUAUAAGUUUUAAAAUACUUGUAAGAUAUAUAGUCUUUUAUGUCUGUUCUAGUGUAGGUUUAAUGCCAUUAUCCAUUACUAGAUUUAAUCAUUUUAUCAUCUAAUUCCAGUUGAUCAUUUCGAUACAUGUGCAAUUUUAAAUGUUUUGUUAUAUACGUAUAUUGUAUAAAAAAUUAUAGUCUAUUUUUUGUUCCUAUUUUAUUCAGAAUAUGAAAGACAAUUAUUAUAAUCAAUACAAUAAAUCGUUUUUUUAAUUCGA